AUAACGUUGAAGCCAUGUUGUUAUCCAUGCAACCUUUGCAAGUCGAACCGCGGGACAGCGACGCAGCCUGGGCCCUGUGUCCUGGGCCCUGUGUCCAUGUGGAUAUUCAGACCAUUAUCUGAUGUAAACAAUGACAGUUAACACUGGAAUGCUAACAAGGGUUGUGUUGCUUGCGGUUGGUGCCUGCCGCUUGUAAAUGAAAUGAAACGGCAAGACAGCUAUCUCAUGCAGGAGAAACAGUGCAGAAGCUGUCAAAAGUCCUUGCCGAUGGAAAACUGGAUUGCGCGUGCACCAUCGGGCAGCUUGUCGCUGGGGCCCAGCCAACUCCUGACUGCAACUUGCAAUUUGGUUUAAUUAGGCUGCAUGCACUGUUACACGCAGUGCUAAAGCCUUGGGGAUACCAAAAAGCUGGGUAGGAGAGGUUUAGCGCGGUCACGUUGUUUCGUCUUGUAGCCUCUCAGCGCGGGCUGAUAACCGCUGAAUUUUUCUUUCUUUAGCGAUCUUUCAAUCCAAUAUCUGAGACCGUUCUGGGCUUGUUUGCCGCUCGAUUGCGGAGUAUACUCUCGUCUAGGGCCGCCGGGCGGAUCUUUCAAGCGACGAGAAAGAAUGCAGCUGUCUGCUACCAGCGGCAGGACCUCCUUCAGGGUGUCGCAGGACCUGAGGACUGGGCCAGCCAAUUUCCUGUCCGGGCUGCGCGACGAUGAUUCCCUGCUGCGCCAGGUGUUCUUCUCCAUCCUGCGCCACCACCAUCCAAACCUGGCUGCAAAGGUGGAUGUGAUCUACGCUCUGAGCCAGGCCUGGUGCACUAGCCAGUCCGACAACGACUUCGAACUGAUGGUCAAGUACGUGAGCGACCUCAAGCCCGAGGAGCGCAUCCUGGUGGCCUCCUCCUUCAGUCACAUGCUCAACCUGCACAACCUCACGGAGGAGGUCAACAGCAGCCAGAUCGGCCGCGCAGUGCGCCUGGGGGAGAUGGACUCCCCCACCCGCGACACCAACCACUCGCUGCUCAAGCUCACCACCACCAACGGCUUCACGCCGCAGCAGGUGUACGACACGCUGUGCUCCCAGACCGUGGAGCUGGUGCUCACUGCUCACCCCACCCAGGCUCUGCGCGCCAGCUUGCUGAAGAAGUACGCCAUCGUGCGCCGCGAGCUGGACACGCUGCACAGCAAGCGCAUGAGCGAGUACGAGAAGAUAGAGACGCUGGAGGCCAUCCGGGCCGCGGUGCAGGCCGCCUGGCGCACCGACGAGAUCCGCCGCUCCAAGCCCACGCCGCAGGACGAGAUGCGCUCGGGGCUGUCGUACUUCUCCACCGUCAUCUUCGACGUGGUGCCUGUGUUCCACCGGCGUGUGGACACGGCGCUGGAGAAGCUGGGCCUGCCGCGACUGCCGCUGGACCGCGCGCUGUUCAAGUUUGGCAGCUGGAUGGGCGGCGACCGCGACGGCAACCCCAACGUGACGGCCGAGACCACCCGCGAUGUGGUGGUGCUGGCGCGGCUGGAGGCGGUCAACGUCUACUUCCGCCAGGUUGAGGGCCUGAUGUUCGACCUGUCCAUCUGGAGGUGCAGCCCCGAGAUGAAGGAGCUGGCCGAGCGGCUGGCGGCGGCGGAGAGCCGCGACGCGGCGCGGGUGGCUGAGGAGCGCAAGCGGCGCAACUACGUGGACUUCUGGGCGCCCAUCCCGCCCACCGAGCCCUUCCGCGUGGUGCUGGCGCACAUGCGCGACCGCCUCUACAACACACGCCAGAUCCGCACCUUCGGGCUGUGCAUGAUGGGCCUGGACGUCCGCCAGGAGUCCACCCGCCACACGGAGGUGAUGGACGCGGUGACCACCUACCUGGGGCUGGGCAGCUACGCCUCCUGGGACGAGCCCAAGAGACUGGCCUUCCUGCUGGGAGAGCUGCAGGGCAAGCGGCCUCUGAUGCCGCCCGGCAUGGACAUGAGCCCGGAGGUGAAGGAGGUGGUGCGCACGCUGCGCAUACUCAGCGAGCUGCCGGGAGACAGCCUGGGCGCCUACAUCAUCUCCAUGGCCAAGACCGCCAGCGAUGUGCUGGCAGUGGUGCUGCUGCAGCGCGAGACGGGCGUGCGCCCCGCGCUGCGUGUGGUGCCGCUGUUUGAGACGCUGGACGACCUGCAUAACGCGCCCGGCACCAUGACCACCCUGCUGGGCAACGACUGGUACCGCGGCCACAUCAACGGCGUGCAAGAGUGCAUGAUCGGCUACAGCGACAGCGGCAAGGACGCGGGCCGCCUUGCCGCCGCCUGGGCGCUGUACGAGACGCAGGAGAAGCUGGUGGAGGUGGCGGCGGGCUGCGGGGUCCGCCUGGUGCUGUUCCACGGCCGCGGCGGCACCGUGGGCCGCGGCGGCGGCCCCACCCACAUGGCCAUCCGCAGCCAGCCGUCAGGCACCAUCAACGGCCACCUGCGUGUGACUGUGCAGGGCGAGAUCAUUGAGCAGCAGUUCGGCGAGAAGGAGGUGUGCUUCAGGACACUGGACCUGUACACCAGUGCGGUGCUGGAGGCGGCGCUGGACCCCCCUCCCGCCCCCGCGCAGGAGUGGCGCGACCUGAUGAGCCUGCUGGCCACCGAGAGCUGCGACAUGUAUCGCUCGGUGGUGUACCGCACCCCCGAGUUUUAUGACUACUUCAUGCAGUCCACGGCCGCCAGCGAGCUGGGCCGCCUCAACAUCGGCUCCCGCCCCAGCAGCCGCAAGAGCGGCGGCAUUGAGACGCUGCGCGCCAUCCCCUGGAUCUUCGCCUGGACUCAGCAGCGCCUGCACCUGCCCGUGUGGCUGGGCAUCGGCGAGGCGCUGGAGGCGGCCAUCGACAAGGGCUACGGCCCCGUGCUCCAGGACAUGUACGCCAACUGGCCCUUCUUCACCUCCACCCUGGACCUGGUGGAGAUGGUGCUGGCCAAGGCCGACAGCAGGCUGUCGGCCUUCUACGAGCGCACGCUGGUGGACAGCUCGCUGGCGCCACUGGGGCAGCGCCUGCGCGAGCUGCUGGCCAAGACGCAGCAGAACAUUCUGAUUGUGGUGCGCAAGUCGGUGCUGCUGGAGGGCAACACGCCCAGCCAGAUGUCCACGCCCAACCUGGACGAGAAGAUCCGCCUGCGCUCGCCCUACGUGGCGCCGCUCAACGUGCUGCAGGCGCUGUCGUUGCAAGGGCUGCGCAAGUUCCGCGACGGCGGUGACACGGAGUACAACCCCAGCGACCCCGAGAUCAUCGACCUGCUCAGCCGCGACCCGCACAAGAAGGGCGAGGGCGCGCAGCACCCCUUCGUCAGCGCCAUGGACGACUGCCUCAUGAUCACCAUCAAGGGCAUCGCCGCGGGCAUGCAGAACACGGGGUAAAGCGGCGGCGGCGGCAGUCGUGGCGGCGGCGGCCGCCGCACAGGCUGCUGCGGCGGCGGUGGCGGCGGUGACGGCUGCGCUGUUGGGCCUGGCGUGGCGUACGGCUUGAGCCGCGGGCUGGGUGCGGACCUGUGUGGAGCUGCACCAUGCGGCCAUGGCGAAACGCGUUUACUGGUGAUGGAUAAGAUCGUUUUGCUCGCGUUUGCUGCGUCGCUGGAAGAGCAGGACGCGCGUCAUGUGCAUGGUCGCAGUGUUUGGCAGCGAAGAAUGCGGUAGGGGUGAAUAACUUCCAAUAGAGAGAUUUGUGUUUGCUGUCUGAGUGUUUUGGAAUCUGGAGGCGUUGUGCAAGUGCCGCAGGGAUUGCCGCGGAAGCCUGGGCCGUCAUCACACACUCCUGUGUGUUAGGUCAGCACAACAGAGAAUGGGUCGUGCCUGUGUGUACUUACUGUGUGUCCAGAUGCUGGUGAGAUCUACCUAUCCCUUCGUACGCACCGAGUUGCCUGUCGGGCUGUCGGUGCUAGGGCGUGAAUACGGGGCGCUUCAGGUUGGAUUUGGAUGGAAUGCUUGCUUGUAGGGAGGGAGGUUCCGGAAUAUCAUUCGGGGAAUGGGUUUGGAAUAUCAUUCGGUGAGUACACAUGAUGAGUAAAGGAGCAUGGCUUUGAGGCGAGCGGGGUGGCGUGCCUGCAGUGUGUGUUCAUGCAUUCGGGUGGGGCCUCUGGUGCGAUAGCAAGACCGCGUGGACUGCGGUUAUGUGCAUGAACUGGAAAUGCUGUGUUCCUUAGAAGGCUCAUGGUUGCCUGUCCGUCUGAUGGGGAGGGCCAGAAGCACUCGCUGGCAGGGUUGGAUAUUAUCUGGACGGGCCCCGGGCUGGCGAACAGAGGCGAACCAGGGGAGGCCCUGGUGGCAAACGAAGUGGCAAUUCCGUCAUUCCGCACACCAUCAAUGCCACGCCGGGCUCUUUGUCAUGCUUGUAGUUGGGCUUGCCAGAGGAAUGUGCCUGCUAACAGGGGGGGGGUAGUUUCGACUGGAAAAGGCCCCAUGUUCUAAAACGAAAGAGCUUGACGAGAGGACUCCAAAUCCACUUUCAGAGUUUCAAUCAGGGUAGUAAUUGCAAAGUUAUGGGCCCUCAAAGUUCAGGGUCGGUCGUCGGGGCUGGGGGUCCCCAAGGUUUCGUCACGCAGAUGUGGGUGGGACUGCCAGGUUUCGUCUCUGCGCCCUAAACGCCCCUCUAAACGCUCCGCCCAUUAGCACAAGCACUAGCACACAUUAGCAUGCACAUACUAAAGCAUUUGCAGAACGUUUGGUCUCUGGAAAGCGGCCGCAUGUCCGUCCACAUCGGCAUCGUAGUAGCGUAGAGCCCCACUCGAGCGUCUCUCACUGGUGUCAUGGAGACUAUGCGAACUGAUGCUAUCGUGUAACGGCCAAGGCUUCGUGUGGGUCAUGGCGACAAGGCUGCCGCCGGCCAUCGAGCGUGACAAGAAUCCCGGGAUUCUUCACAUGAUCCCGGUAGAAAGUCGACCAAUCUCUUCCGGCACACAAUCCCAAACACCAUAUGUACAGCGCACUUGUAAGCUUAAGCGCAC